UAAAAGUUAUAACCAAAACGAAUGUAAAUCUGUUUAAUGGCAUAUUUGCCUCCAGAGUAACACGUUUGGGUUGCUCUGGAAUGCCUCUUUCAGUCAAACACAAGCUGGAACUAAUGCACACAGUAACUCUCUGAAGCUCUAUGAAGGAAUACACUUUGCAAAACAAGCCGAACAGGUGGGCGGGACUUUUGAGGUUUCCCUUUGCCUUCACAUCUAUCAGGACGGUCACUGUGGCAUCUGAUCCCCCUCCCCCCGGCCAAUCAGAUGACAGCACAGCAAGCCCAAAUCUUACAUGAGUUGUGUUCUGACUGAGCAAGCAAGCACGCCUGCCUUCAGUAACCAGCUGAGAGGAAGUAGACUGAAAGGCAAAGCACAGAAGAGAGAGAGACAAGUGGGGAGGAACAGAAAGAAAGGCCUGCACUCCCUCAUUCCACGCAAAUAACCUUUCAACCCCUCACAGCAACAACAAGAACGACUCUAGAGCUCCGACAGAGAGGACGGAGAAACAGAGGAGGAGGAAAGGGCAGGAGUUCCUAGAAAGUAGGUGGUGUCUCUGGAAUGCCUGGCUCAGAAUGCAGCUGUUGAGCAGUCCACUCCUUUCAGGAGCCAAGGGGAGGCGUGAUUGGCCGCUGGCCUUAUCUGGGUGGAGCUGUAGGAGGGAUAUUACUUAUUCAUUGGCACGUUCUGCAAGGCCCCUCCCACCUCACUGACGCUCGGCCCUUGGCCCCUGUUAGCUGCCUGUGUAUUUGGGAAUGCUGUUGUUGCAUCAGAGGGGCAGUGUUGGAGAUGGCCAAACUCAGGGGCUAAGGUCAGGGUCAAGAUUCAAGGGUCAACACAACUCAGAAGCUGCAGGAGUGGAUGCAGAAGGACCUGAAGCAUAAGCUUUAUGCACUGUGGAAAUCAGCUUGUCCUAACUCCACACCUGACCACUGGAAACUAAAGCCUUUCAUCUAUGCGACGGGAAGCUUACUUUCGAUUCCACAGCCUUGUUGCACUUGUUCAGACUUCCUAGAACUCUCUGGAGCUAGUUUUUUUUUAUUAUUUAACACUGCACAACUUCCCCUGAAAAAGUCACCCAGCACAAACAAAGUCACUAUGCGUCACAUCCACGUGGACCUGGCUCGUAAAGAGCUUCCAGCCCAGGACGGGGAUCUACCUCUGCCUAGCACUCAAGGCGAGAGCCCUGAAUCUGAAGUACGUCGAGUCGUUCCCAGACCUUUUGGAGAAGAGGAGAUCAGGCUCCAGAAAGUCUACCAGCUAUCCAUCCUCUCCCAAAGAGGUGGUUUCGGGGAAAGUCAAGAGACUCUUCGGCCUGUCCGAGUAGGAAUGAAACGUAGCCCGAAGGGGAUGCCGGUUCCUGUCGCCAUUAAGCGUCCUGUCCAACAGGAUGAGGAUGAAGACGAUGAUGAGUCCGAUGGGGAGGUGUUGUGUGGCUCUGGGGUGGAACCACUUUUUUGCAACUCACUCCUUGAGCACAAAGACUCAGAAAUCCCUAGGUCACCUCCCCUUUCCCCUUCACAUCCACCGAUUCCUGGUCGCCGGCCAGCCCAGCACAACCACGACAGGCCCGUCCCAGAUGUCUUCACCCCGCUGUCCCCAAAAUCUCCUCCUAUGGUGGACCCACAGGGCCCUCACUCCACCUGGGGCCACUGUGAGGGAAGUCCUCCCACACUUACUCCCAGAACCGAGGCCUCCACAGCAGGAAACAUCCUGGCUGGCUCCAUUGAAGAACCAGGGGACGAAGGCCAUAACCCUGUCGAUGUCAAGGGCAUGCUUUCUGCAACAGAGAGCAGUUGGGCGCCUGUCCCGUUUUCAACACCAGCUGAAGCUGUCGAAUGGGGGAUGACUUUUGAAUCUUCUCCUCCACCGGCAGAGACAAAGACCUCCUCCACUAACAGACUGAGCUCUCUUGAGAAAACACCAGUGGAAGCAAAUGGCCUGGUAUCGGGAUCAUCCAAUUCCUGUCCAGUGAAGAAAAGACUUCUCUCCUCAAGUGAUACAGGAGAGUCCUGCUCAGAGGAUGAGGGUCCAUCUACAUCAAAACGCAGUCGGCUGGCACUGUUGGCACCGGGGCUCGGAUUAGCAUCCUGUCGCAGCACUGAUGCCAAGGGUGCACCCUUCUGGAACCAUCUACUGCCAUCAGCAAGGGAGCACACCAAGACUGCUACAGACUGUUCACGAUCUGGGAGAAGGCUCAAAGUAGGGAGUCGACUCAAAUCUCGACAGUUACGCAGUGGACGCCGAACAGACACCAGUCGCUCCUGUAGUUCAAUCUCCUCUUUAUCCUCCAUUAGCAGACCUCUUCUCGGCAACUUUGAGGAGUCGAUUCUGAAGGGUCGUUUUACUCCAUCUGGGCGGAUAGAGGGCUUCACAGCAGAGAUCGGGGCUAGCGGCUCCUAUUGCCCGCAGCAUGCCACCUUACCUGUGCAAGUGACUUAUUAUGACACCUCGGAGCACAGUGCCCCUUCUCCCUUCCUGGGGGUGAUCUUGCUAGAACCACUUGGAAAAAAAGGAUACAGCGUACCCAAAGCAGGGACCAUUCAAGUGACCUUAUUUAACCCCAAUAAGACUGUGGUUAAAAUGUUUUUGGUGACAUAUAAUUUUGGGGACAUGCCCGUCAAUCACAUGACCUUCUUGCGCCAUCGUAUCUUCCUGGUGCCUGUGGAUGAGGCGGAGGGGAAGGAGGGCUCACUGUCUGACAGAAAGAAGAUUCUCUGCUACUUGAUACACCUCAGAUUCCAGAGUUCCAAAUCUGGGAAAAUCUACUUGCACAAUGAUAUCCGGCUGCUAUUCUCCCGCAAGUCCAUCGAGGUGGACUCUGGGAUUCCUUACGAGCUGAAAUCUUUCACCGAGGUGCCAAGAAACCCCAAAUACUCCCCCAGAGUGUGAGAUCGGGAUGCCCUGCAUUAAUAAAGAUUGCAAGACAAGAGAUCCCUAUACACUUGAACACAGACACACUCAUACAUGCAUACUCAGACACACACACAGAUAUCACACCCUCUUGAGGACCAGCUCUAGAACUGAGUGUGUAACAUGCAUGCCUUGUGACUUAAUUGAGUUUUCCUCUAGUGCUGUUAAACAGUUAAGCUUUGCCCUUGACUCUGCCUGCACCUGCCUCAUUGUGGACCAGUUGUAUCCAUGUCCACCAACCCGCUCUAUUCUAAAAUGUUGGUGAUGGUCAGUAUAUACAGACUUCCUCGAUCAAAGAGGACUGAUGUUGAAUGAGAAUGUAUGGAGGCAAAGCAAAUGGAAAAAGAGACAUCCGAGGAACAGAUUGGAGUUUCAACAGUGGACAUCACUGUAACUUGUCUAGUGUAGGGGAUAAGAAAGUUCUAGAAAGAAAGAGACCAGUGGAACAUAGGACUGAAGGACAUCCAUUCAGUAUCGCCAUUGUGCUUGUAAUACAUGGGUCGUGAAGAGGAGAAUAACUCAUUAUUUUGGACAUUUUCUCUUUUUGGAAGGGCAGUUUGGAGGACAUUGCUGUUCCAACUACUUCUUCUGAACAGUCCAACAUCAGAGCAGAAAACAAACUGUAGUAUUUAUGUUCGCAAAUGUCUUAAAAAAAAAAAAAAAGCAAUAUGCUGCACAACUAGACUAAUUUCAGUUUUUUUGGAGGUAGUAGGUGCCCUCUCUGUUAGGAUGGAGGGAAAAGAUUGCCAAGUGAGUGAUGGCGGGAACGGGAGGGAAUUUAGGGUAUUUAAAAUGUUCUUGAUGUAUAUUUUAAAAAUUGAUUAAACUCUGCGACUUGCGGGUGAAACUAGUGUUUGACCGUA